ACGGAUAAACCAAGGAAUACAGAGUGUGAAAUUGGAAGGCUUUUAAACUGAAGUAAGACGUGAGAACCCAAAGACCAAAACAAAGCCGGAUCUAGGCGGCCUUAGGCUCAGGAUCAGACGAAGGGGCAGUAUUGGAUAAGGAGCAGAUGGGACCCAUUCUCCCACUGGCAUUAUGGUCUAAGUCCCCUGACCGAAGCUCCACACGCCACCACACAAAAACCGCACCAAACCCGAAGCCUUAACUUUCUCCCCUCCUGCACCUGCAGGCUUCGACCCCCUAUUUCUCUCUAUCCUGGGAACUUAGAUUUCAUAGAACCCCAUUCAAAACCCGGGAUGUUCUUGUAUGUGCUUUGAUCUUUUUAAGGUGCGAGUAAUGGUAAUCUGCGUUAUUUUGGAGGGGAACUGAUGAUGAUGGGGUGCUGGCUCACUUCAAUUUUUGGAUUUUUUUUCGAUCUUAUUUCACCUCUGCUUCUGGAUCACGUUAUUUAGUGCUUAUUAGCUUAUUUGUGUAUGAAAUUUGAGAGUUUUUGGAAUGUGGGUUGAUUCGACUUUUGGAUGAUAUAACUGCACAAUUCAAUAAUUAGUGUCUAUUAGGUUAUGCUUUUCUGUACAAGAGCUGCGAUUUGGGAGGUUUUAUGGCGUUUGGCGUAGAGAAUUGGAAGAAAGUUGGAUGUUUUCAGGUGCAUUGUUGAGUUAUUAGCAAUUUUAGAGGUAAAGUGCAUUGUUAAGUUAUCAUUGGAAUUUUUAGGGUUAGGAGUAAGGAGGCCACCAAUGUCGUUUAGGAGCAUUAUCCUGGACAUGAAGGGGGAGUUGGGGAGUAUAUCCAGAAAAGGGUUUGAUGUGAAGUUUGGAUAUGGCAUGAGAUCGAGGUCACACGGGGUAGUUCAGGAUAGCUCGGUUCCAGUUGAUGCGUUCAAGCAAAGUUGUUGGGCAACCAUGCCGCCUGAGCUUUUGAGGGAUGUGUUGAUGAGAAUAGAGGCAUCGGAGAGCACUUGGCCUCCACGAAAGAAUGUGGUUACUUGUGCUGGUGUAUGUAAGAAUUGGAGAGAGAUUAUGAAGGAAAUUGUGAAAACCCCAGAAAUUUCUGGCAAGUUGACAUUCCCAAUCUCAUUGAAGCAGCCUGGUCCAAGGGACUCCCUCCUUCAGUGUUACAUAAAACGGAAUCGUAGCAACCAAACUUAUUAUCUUUACAUUGGCUUGAAUCAAGCCUCCAAUGAUGAUGGAAAGUUCCUUCUUGCUGCAAGGAAGUGCCGCCGUCCUACCUGCACAGAUUAUAUCAUCUCACUGAAUGGAGAUGAUGUGUCAAAAGGAAGCAGUGCCUACAUUGGAAAAUUGAGAUCAAACUUUUUGGGGACCAAAUUCACAAUCUAUGAUGCUCAGCCUCCAAAUGCUGGAGCCAAAGUUAUUAAAAGUCGCUCCACCCGGCCAAUUAAUGCAAAACAAGUUUCUCCUCGUGUCCCAGCUGGCAACUAUCCUGUAGCCCACAUCUCGUAUGAGUUGAAUGUCCUGGGUUCUAGAGGUCCAAGGAGAAUGCAGUGCAUCAUGGAUGCCAUCCCAGCCUCUUCUAUUGAGCCUGGAGGUAUUGCUCCCACACAGACUGAAUUCCUACACAGUAAUCUGGAUACCUUCCCAUCACUGCCAUUCUUUAGAUCAAAAUCAACCCGCCCUGAGAGUUUCCAAUCCAGACCUUUGUCUGGCCAGAAAGAUGGAAUGCUGGUAUUAAGGAAUAAGGCACCCAGGUGGCAUGAACAACUCCAGUGCUGGUGUCUGAACUUCAAUGGACGGGUGACAGUUGCUUCAGUCAAAAAUUUUCAGCUGGUUGCAUCUCUGGAGAGUGGAAUUGCUGGGCAGGAGCAUGAGAUUGUCAUUCUCCAGUUUGGAAAAGUGGGGAAAGAUGUAUUCACAAUGGAUUACCAGUAUCCAAUCUCAGCUUUUCAGGCAUUUGCCAUAUGCCUUAGUAGCUUUGACACUAAGAUUGCUUGUGAGUGAUUUGCAAACAGGUAUGAGUCUAACAUAACUCUUGGACUUUUGACAACUUGAAUCUCGAUAUAAGCAUAAUUUUUUUAUUUUUCAACUUUGGGACAAAUAGUUAAACCUGUUUUGCUAACUGUUGUUAGACUAAAUUUCAACUUUGCUGUAAUCUGUUGGUUUAAUCCAUAUUUUAGGGUUUCCUUGUGCCCUGGAAUUCUAGAUUAUGUGAUUUAAACAUCCAGAUAUUAGAUAUAAUACCGUACUUAUAGAAUCUGUCUGCAAUCAUACCAAAAAGAAAAAAGCAACCGUCCUGUGAGUUUGUCAGCUGUAGAAGUGACUUGCCAAUACUGCCUCUAUUCACUUUCAAUAAGCAUAUUAAUCGUAAUCCUGCAUUUGCUUUUGGAUCUCAAGUAGUUGAAGCCCCUGGUUUUGAACUGCAGUAUUGUCAGAUGCAAAAUAGUUUGUUUGCAGGGUAAUAGUCAUUCUAUGGACUUGGAAUGUUCGGCUACAAGGUUUCUAGGUACUUCAGUGCUUUCGGGUUUCCAUAGGAGCUGUUAGUAUUUACCUUCUAUUUAGUUCUUUGCUGUACAUAUAACUUUUUGUCUUAAGAGUGAGACAUGACUGCUAUGUUGGUUGCAUGCUUUGCUAACAUGCUUGUCUGUUUGAUCAUUGAGUGAGAAACUAGAAAUCUGACUAAUGGUUUCAUGAAUUUGUUAAUGGGGUUCCCUGUUGGAGAUUUUUGUGCAUUUUAGAUGUGCACUUUCUCAUUUAUCAAAUUGUGCCUCCUAAAUGUUAAUCAGAAAGUCCUUUUAACAGUUUGGCAUAAUUGUUGAUAUUUACUUUUCAAGUUCUGGGUUAAUCUUUUGCCUGUG